AUGUAUAAUGAGACACAGACUACCGUAACUGAGUUUCUUCUUCUUGGAAUCCAAAAUCUUAAAACUUUCAAAUAUGUUUACUUCGUUCUUCUAUUUGUUUUUUAUUUUGUGACAAUAUCUGGAAACCUACUUAUUAUAUGGUUGGUGACAGCAAACAGAAGUCUACAUACACCAAUGUAUUUUUUCCUCACACAACUCUCAACUUCAGACGUCUUGAUGGCUACAAAUAUUACUCCGAACACUCUUAGUAUUGUGCUCAAAGAGAAACUUGCAAUGUCCUUUGCUGGCUGUAUUUCACAAUUCUUUUUCUUCUGUAUGACUAUUUGUGUUGAAUGUCUUAUUCUAACAGCAAUGGCUUAUGACAGAUAUCUGGCAAUCUGUUAUCCUUUGCGAUAUAACUCUUUAAUAAACUUAAGGCUUUGCAGUAAGUUAGCUAUAAUUUCUUGGAUAAUAAGUUUCUCUUUAACAUUCAUUGAUACAAUAACUAUUUCUCAAUUAAGAUUUUGUGGACAUAAUGUCAUUGACCAUUUCUUUUGUGAUCUUGUUCCAUUAUUGGAGCUUGCUUGUUCAGACACCUCUAUAGUUCAAAUUGAAGUUCUCAUAUUUUGCAUUCCUGUGGUUCUUUUUCCACUCAUAGUUAUCCCAACCUCUUAUAUUUAUAUUGUUCUGGCCAUCCUUAAAAUCUCAUCAGAAAGCGGAAGACAGAAAGCCUUCUCCACCUGCAGCUCCCAUCUUACAGUGGUUUGUUUAUUCUAUGGAACAAUACUUGCAAUUUAUAUGCUUCCAAACAAAGGAAAAUCAUUGACUAUUAGCAAAGUUAUGUCAUUGUUAUACACUGUUUUGACACCUAUGAGUAACCCGAUCAUAUACAGUCUCAGGAAUAAUGACAUCAAGGAAGUCAUUAAAAUGGCAUUUAAAUUGAAUUGA